AUGUUGAUAACAUUCAUAUCAUUUUUGCUAAUAUUGGGAUCAGAAAGUUACACCAUUGAUCAGCAAACCCAGCUACAUAAAGAUGUGUUAAACGGAUACGACAGACGCAUCCGUCCUGGAAUUGAUAGAAGCAAACCCCUUCAAAUCGAGGCAAGUUUCUACUUAACCACCCUGAACGCAUUUUCCGAGAGUGAGGGUAGAAUCGCCAUUGUGGGCGCUUUCCGCCUGACGUGGAUAGACCAGAGGUUGUCAUGGAACCCGACGUCUUAUGGAAACGAUCUCGACAAAACUACAUUAUUUGUCAAAGACAUAUGGACCCCGCAGCUCGUCAACUGGAAUCCGUACAAUUCACUAAACUUCAUUGGCCUAGAUGAAUUGUCUUGUAUAAUAAACUUUAGUGGGCAGGUGUAUUUCCUCCCGCCAGAUUUGUACCAAGCCACAUGCGAUGCUGAUGUGACGAACUAUCCAUUCGAUAAACAAAUUUGUUCUCUGAAAUAUUACAUUCCUGGGUACUAUAUAAAUGAUAUAAACAUUACGGCUACAUCAUCGGAGUUUAAUUUGGACUUGUACACAGAACACGGAUUGUGGGACCUCAGGGAAACUUUUAUUCAAGUCGAAACAACAAGUAACAACUUUCAAGUUCUCGGUCUUACACUUCACUUGAAGAGGCGGACCACCUAUUACAUAGCAGGCCUUCUUUUACCCAUCGUUCUCAUGAAUUUCAUACAACUCCUCGUGUUCCUACUUCCGGUUGAGUCCGGAGAGCGCUUGGGAUACUGUAUCACGGUGUUGUUAGCGGUUACGGUUUUCCUCACCAUUAUUCAGGACAAACUUCCAGAGGCGUCUGAACCAAACGUAUCUCUUCUCACAUACAAAUUAUUGGUUGAUAUGAUCAUUGGUUGUGGGAUGAUACUCGCCGUUGUGAUCGGAAUGAGAUUUUACCACAAGACCGACGACAGAGAAAUUCCCGGUUGUUUACAGGGGUUUGCGAAAUGCUUUUAUUUGUGUUGUACACCAAACAAUUCCAAUAAAGUCGUGGAAUUAAGACCAGAGAAAGAGGACGUAGAGCCGAAAGCGAUGACUGUCACGUGGUAUGACGUGGGGAAGGCAUUUGACAGGGUGUGUUUAACAGUGUUCUUUCUGUCAUUGGUACUGAAUAAUUCAAUUUAUUUCAUAACAAUAUUGUUGUGAGAGAAAAACGAAAUGCGUGAAAAAAUACAAUUAUAGGCUAAUUCUGUGUAAAGGAGUUUGACUUCAAAUCAAGAAGUUGAUCCGUUAGACAAUAAUACAAUUACAUACCUGACAUCAUCGUACUGGAUGCUGUCUAUUGUAUUAUAGUUUAGUUUCACAUUCUACUUUCAUUUCUGUGGGGAAAUAGAAAUAUUAUAUUUAUCAUGAUUUAUACAAGCAUUGUUCAAAGCUGCAUGAGGAAAUGGCUAUCAUUAAAAUGUGUAAAGACAUUAAA